CUCUGCUUGGACGGGAUGUUUGACGGAUAUUACGUACACGGAAAGGCUUGUGUUUUCUGUCAUGUGAUGAGCGCACAUAAACAAGCGAAGAACUUUUGAUAAAAUUGGGUUAAAGUGAAGGGUGCAGCAGGCGAACUCUAUAUUCAAUCUGAUGAAUAUGGCAGAUAAUCUGAGGAGUUAUUUGUAUAAACAACUGCCAAGUGUUGAAGGACUCCAUGCAAUAGUGGUGACAGAUAGAGAUGGAGUCCCUGUAAUCAAAGUUGCCAAUGACAAUGCCCCUGAAUAUGCACUGCGGCCAGCGUUCCUGUCCACCUUUGCGUUGGCAACUGACCAGGGCAGCAAGCUGGGUUUGUCCAAAAAUAAGAGCAUCAUUUGUUAUUAUAACACUUACCAGAUUGUACAGUUUAACCGAUUACCCUUAGUCAUAAGUUUCAUCGCAAGUAGUAAUGCAAACACAGGUCUGAUCUUCAGUCUUGAGAAGGAGCUAGUUCCUCUGAUUGAAGAACUAAGGCAGGUGGUGGAAGUAGCUUAGCAGUUAUUCAUCUCAACACCUACAGACAUGUGGAUGAGGAUAAGAAAGCCAGAUAUCACUCAUCCAGCCUGAUGUCUUGAUGUCGUAGUUCAUACACAAUGUUGGAUGGUCUUGAUGCUGUAUGUCUUUUAUGAAUGUAACCUGCUCCUUUUUGUCUCCUCAUUAAUAAAUUUGUCUAAAGCUUUGGUUUACAAAAAUACAUUUUUUAUUGGCUUUUUUUUAAUCAUUUUUUACAUGGUAAAAAAACAAUUCUUGGUUGGAAAAUAGGUACUGUGUACAUGUUUCUAAACAAAGCAAGAGUGCUCAUUGUCAGUUCACACAUCACAUUAGAAGUAGCAUUGCUCCUUAGAGAAUUUAUAAUUUUAUUAUAAUUUUAACUUUGGUGAUCUAUAGAGUGCUGCAGGGAUUCAGUAUUUUUGUAGCCUAAAACCCAGUAACGAGUAAUAAUUUUAGCACGUUCAGUUCCAUCAUCCUGAAAUCAAUGGGGUUUUUUUGAAUGGGGUUUUUGGUUAAAUGCCUGAAAUAGUGUUUGUAGUUAACACAAGCUCAGGAUUGUUUCAUGUCUUGUUCUACAACAAACGGCUAAAUGGGUCUACAGAGGUUGUUGGGGACAUUAAAAGUAAUUAAGCCAAACAGGUAAACUCAUCUAAUCCACUUUCA